AAAUAAAAAUAUGUUAAUUCAGCGGAAUAAAAGAAGAAAUAAAGGUAGAUACCAGAAUUUACUGUGUAAUAUCAUUAGCACACAUGCAGUUUAAUGGGUAAUCAUUCUAUGGGGCGUUAUUAAAGCUCCAAAGAGAGUGCCCUAAGAAGGCCGAAAGAGCGGUCUAUAAAAACCUGUUGCGCCAGCAGAGCGAAAAGUAAAAGUGCUUGAAAAAAUCAAGCCAUUGAAGCGGAUAAUCUUAAUACAAAGAAGUUCAACUUCCUAGAAAACUGCGCCCAUACAAAAGACUUGGGCAGCGAACUUGGUAUUGGGCCAUGGGCUAAACUAAAUUAAAACGCUGACGAAAUCGCUAAAACAUGAUUCAGCUACGCCUGCGCAGUCUCGUUCUGCUGCAUUUUAUAGCCCUGGCAAGUUCGGAGUAUGUGUACGGCGAACCGGAGUAUAAGUGUCCCAAAAAAUCCAAAGUCUUGUACCCCUGCGAAUGUGUAAAGGGCAGCGAUAAUGGACUCUAUAUACGCUGCGAAAAUACCAAUUUGGCGACUUUAUCCGUAGCUCUCCAAAAUUUGGCUUCCUUUCAAAUGCCUAUUGAGGAAUUGACCAUCUACAGGGGUCAUUUUGUGCGUCUAUAUGGACCUCUGUUUGCCCACAUUAAAGCGCGUUUGCUGAUCAUUGAAGAAACUCCAUUGGCCACCAUUGAGGAUUACGUGUUUUAUGGAGUCAACAACACUUUGGAGCAACUGCACCUACUGCGCACCAACCUAAGCCGCAUAGGACCAUUAGGAUUCGGCAUUCUUGGAAAAACGAAGGAACUGGUUAUCGAUGGUCAUGCGUUCGAGCAGCUGCCCAAGGAUCUAUUUGCUGGCCAAGAGAUCACCAAUAGUCUUGGGAUAAUCAGGGUAACGAAUGGAAACCUGAGUGAUCUGCCUAUUGAGACUUUCCAGCCAUUGCGAAAACUUAAAACCCUCGACCUGCAUGGCAAUCAGUUGGAGAACUUGAAAAGGAAUCAGUUUAAAAACCUUAGAGAGUUAGAGGUCCUGGAUAUAAGUCACAACAAGAUCAAAAAGUUGGAGGCACAGCACAUAGCUGACCUUACUAAGAUGGGAUGGUGCAAUGUUUCCCAUAAUGCCUUGAACGAACUAAGUCGUGGAACUUUUGCCAGGAACUCUGUAUUAAAAGUGCUCCAUUUGUCGCAUAACAAUAUUUCACGUCUGGAUGCGAAUAGUUUCAGGGGAAUGCGUUUUUUGCGACGACUUUUCCUAAGUGAUAAUGUGCUUACCGACAUUGGACGCGGUACCUUCGGCUCGGUUGCCCGCAUAGGAACUAUAGAUUUGGCACGCAACCAACUGAAGAAAGUCGAGUUUCAGAUGUUUACGCAGAUGAACUAUGUAGAGUUACUGGAUUUGGCGGAGAACAACAUCACCAAGAUUGAAAAGAACUCGUUCAAGGAUAUUUACCAAGCUGUGAUAAAUGUCUCCCAUAAUGCUUUAGAGCUUAUCGAGACAGCUGCCUUUGAAAACUGCGUGAACAUUACGGUUCUUGACUUGUCCCAUAAUCGCUUGACAAAUUUUUCGCGCCGCAGCUUCGAUGAGACCACUUUUGCAACAUAUUUUCAGUUGAGUUAUAAUAACCUUACCAAUUUAGCACAGAUUCCCAUUCAAAAUAUGACGGGCUUGAAAGUUUUAAAUGCUUCUCACAACAGCAUAACUGAGAUACCCAAGAACUGUUUUCCAAAGCUUUAUGAACUGCAUACGAUUGAUGUUUCGCAUAACAACAUUUCCAGCAUAUUUAAUGGAGUUUUUCAAACCCUGUUCUCUCUCCGAUCAAUUGAUCUGAGUUAUAAUAGCAUGCGGGAGAUCAAGUCUUCAACAUUUGGCACUUUGCCUACAUUGUUAGAAAUGGAUCUCAGUCAUAAUGAAUUGGUUUCCAUAGUGCGAGGAUCAUUGGCCAAGUUGACUAGCAUGCGGCAGCUGUACUUGAAUAACAAUCAGUUGGAAAAACUCUUCCAGCUGCCCAUUUCCCUGAAUGAGCUGCAUUUCAGCCAUAACAAACUGAAUGAAAUACCUGCGGGCACCUGGCCAGUAAUGAACUCACUUAUAUACUUGGAUCUGAGCCAUAAUCAACUGGGUGAUAGUUUAAAUGGACAAAGUUUUACGGGUCUGCUGGUAGUGCAACGUUUGAAGCUUCAGAACAAUGGCAUCAGUCAGCCACCAAUGGAGGCAGUAUCAGUGAUGUCAACAUUGCAGUAUUUGUAUUUGGAGAACAACAACAUAACCACCCUUGAGCGCAGUGCCUUUGGAAAGCUGCCAGUACUGUUUGAAUUAAAUCUGUAUGGUAAUCAAGUUAAGGACAUAAGUAAACGAGCUUUUGAGGGGUUGUUGCAAUUGCUCACCUUAAAUCUGUCAUCCAACGGAAUUCAGCAGCUACAAAAUGACAUAUUUAUUGGCCUACCAUCUCUGCGAAACCUUGAUCUUUCCUUUAAUUUCCUCACCAAGUUGGACAACAAAACCAAUGGAGUUCUGGAUGAUUUACUCAGUUUGGAAACCUUAGAUUUGAGUCACAAUCGUAUAAGUUUUGUGACAAAGAAGACGUUUCCUUCCCAUCAAUACAUACCAUACAAUCUUAGGAACCUCAAUCUGAGCUAUAAUCAAAUGCCAGUACUUACUUAUGAUAUCACGUUUGGGACGAAAAAGCUAUUCAAAUUGGACUUGUCUCAUAACCAGAUAAAUGAUCUUCGGAGAGGAGUUAUAUCCAAUUUUACUUCACUUCAUAGUCUUGACAUCUCCUAUAAUGAGCUGGCAAAUCUGAAAUCUGAAGAGCAUAUCUUUGACCUGCCACAGAAUCUAAGCAGCCUAGAUCUUUCCCAUAAUCAGAUCUACCAUCUUCCAUUUGAAAAUCUGGUAAAGGUGAAGUCGCUAAAAUAUAUCGAUCUUACCAACAAUAGUUUGGAAGAUGUGCCUGCCUCAAUAGUUGGCAAUAUGCGGAAUGGUAGCCAAGUUCUCCUUGCUGGAAAUCCCCUGCAUUGCGGUUGUAAUGCCCGACCUCUAAAGUACUUUAUGCUGCAGCAAACGACCCCUGGUGAGGACUUGCAGAGCAUACACUGCGGCACGCCAUCUUUGAUCAAGGACAAGCAACUUAUAUCUCUGGAUGAUGAGUAUCUGCACUGCGCCGAGGAUGAGCGGGAGAUGUACAAGGGUUUCGACUAUGAGCAGCUUACGGAUGUCCGUUUCAGAGAAGUGAAAACCACCAAAGCUGGUAUGUUGACCCUGAGUUGGUUUGUUUCCGGCACUUCCGAUGUCUCCGACUUCCAUGUUUAUAUUCGGAGCAAUAGCAACGAGGUGCUUUAUCAAUCUGACUAUGCAUACAACAAUCGUACUGCCCAAAUUCCAGUAGAAGAGCUGACGCGGCUUGGAGAACAGAAACUACUGGGAGCUGAGAUUUGUAUCGUAUCCCGGGAUAGCGACGGCAACACCCGCAAAUGGUUCUCUGGGCAGUGUCAGCAGCUGCCAUCGCUUAAGCUUCCUCGGACUUUCUUUUUUGGAAACUUUCAGGUCAGAGGAGGGGUUUCCAAAGCGUCCAGCAGCCUACCUCAUUGCCUUUUGUAUAUGAUUCUCUUUUUGUUUUUCACCCGUUUGUAGUAAGCAUGGGGAAUCUAUACCUUCUAAAUUGAUAUAAAAGAACUUAAAAGUGUACAUGAUGUUAAUUUCUAAGAUAUAUCUAUAUGCUAAUGUUCUUUUUAAGUUCUAAUUAAUGUGAUAAAAUGAAUCGUUAACAGAGA